AUGUCGACGACUGCAUAUCAGACAAAUGCGAGGCCCCGAGGGCGGCCUGGGAGCUUCAGCGAGAUUUCGGAGAAACAGACACGGAGCCGAGCGUCGAGUUCGGCAUCUGUAAAACUAUCCAAGACGCUGUCGCGGACUCUUGAUGAAGUCUCUAUCCCCAGGAACAGCCGGUCGAACUCACCGGCUAUAUAUUUUCACCGCCAAAGGACGUUCGACUCGAAGUGGUCGGAUCCAGCGUCCGCUUCUUCUAGACAUUCCGCUGUCUCAUUGAGAUCAGACAAGAGUAUCUCAUCAAGAAUGGAGGAUGAGACAUUUCACGCACCAAUUUCGCCGACCAAGGUGAAACCACAUAUCAUCCAAGCCCCUCAUGACAGAACCGAUACAUCUGUAGCAGAUGCACGUCCUCUUUCACCUACCAAAAUCUCGAUGACCGCUGUUCCGGAGGGAGGAGAGCUCGUUGGAUCCUUCACAAGAGGCGCGGAGCUCCUGCAAUCCUCGCAAGGUCUCGGUUCGAAAAGUCAUUCGUCGAGAUCACUUGCAUCGAUGCAGCCAACGGUUUCCGAAGAGCCUGAGAACAUCAAUCCUCCUCAAACCACACCAUCAUCCCCACAAAUGUCCAUGUCGUCUCCCUUCCCUACUGACGUUGCAGAGCCGCUGGCGAAGGGUUCGAAGUCGUCACUGCGCGAAGAAACCGUUCUUGCAUCCCCUGGCAUGUCUAAAUCAUCUUUGCACGAACCCACAGCUGCCCCGAUGGGCACAGCGCCCAUAUCAUAUCUUCAUGACCCUUUGGUUGCUCCAACUCCGCAGGGUCCGGUAGUUUUCAUACAACCCACGUUUGGCCAGCAUCUAGCGGAGUCGGCAGAGGGAGACAUCCCUAUCGUGCCGAGCCCUACAAUGGCCACUGAAGGGCCUUAUCUUCAUGGGUUCCCGCCUCACGCUCGCUCACCCCUAGCAUCACCUCCUCUGUCACCCUUUCUUCAGCAGCCCACCGGUAGCCCGCCACCACAGGGGAUUCCGUUCCCACCCCCACAUGCAUACCAAUACCCUCAUCCAUUCAUAGCUAACCCUAAUAUGCAACUUGCGUUCUAUCCACCACCCUUCGCUUCCCCGUCUGCGCCGUUCCCAUAUCCGGAUACAGUGUCUCGAUCUGGCUCCGCAGCACCACCUGAUGAUGAGCGGACGAAAUUGCUUGAGAAAGUCUCAAAUGUCCUGCCUGAUAUUAAUCGCUUGCUGCACUACUAUCAGGAAAGUCAAGGGCUUCUAUCCGAGAAAGACCUUCUUGUUAAGCAAGCCGAGUCACAACAUAACGAAGAGGUCACCAAGCUGAGAAUUGAACUGAGCGCCUCCAAAGAAGAGUACGAACGCAUUAUAGGGGAGCAGGCCCGUGAAAAUGUAAAGCUGAAGAGCGAGAUCGUCGAGCAGACCGAGAAGAUCUUGCUCCUUGAGGAAAAAUCUCGGGAGUUGGCUGAAGCAAACGAGGAGGUUGCCAAUUUGAAGCUGAAAUGCGAGUCUUUGGAGAGUGAGGUCGAGAACAGCCGUUCCAUGAAAGAGCAGCUGACUGCAGAAAAAAAUGACCUGGAGAACCAACUCCAAGCUGUCAAGGACCAGUUUAACGACGAACGGGCACAGCAUGAACGGUCACAAACGGACUUGAUACGAGCUCAUGAAAAGCAAAUGGCGGAAAGAGAAGAUGUUCAUGCCAAGUUAGUGAGUGAACACAGGGCUGGCCUUUCAAAGCUUCAGCUUGAUUUGGCAGGAAUGAUAACGAAGCAUUCGCAACAGAGGAAAGAUCUAGAUUCCGCUCGAGCAAUCAUCUCCGAGCAUGAACAGUCCUUGGCGGCCAGAGCCAAACAGCUAGCUGAUUCCGAGCGAUCUCACAAGAGUGAAUUGGAGGCGAGGGAUCAGAUUGUAGAGGAGAUGGCGGAGCAACACAAGGAGGAGAUAGCGGCUCUGUCGCAGAAGUUGACUCAAUCCAUCGGAAGGCAGAAAGACGAAGUGACGGCGUUGCGGGAAGGACACCAAAAAGAGAUUGGACAAUUACGAAAAGCUGCGGAAGGACGAUUAUCAGAGACGAUCACCAGGCACAAGCAACGUGAGGCCCAGCUCCAAGGUGAGCUGGAUGCCCUUCGAUCUGCGCUCGAAGAGCUUAAGGAGGACGUCGAAGAGCACCGUGAUGCCAAUGACAGCUUAAAGACCGAACUGGCGACGGUACAGAAGGCUCACCAAGCGCUCCAAACCACUCAUGAGAUGACCAGCAAGCAUCAUGCUGAACUGGAGGAAACUAUGCUGUGUCUGAGAGAUAAACAGGCUCAAUGGCAACGAGAAAGUGAGCGAAUGGAGCGCAUUAUACGAAGCCUUGGGCAGGUCCGCGCCGGCAAAGGAAAGGGUGACGAGUUCUUUGUAAGUGCUUUCAACGAGCUAGCAUCGUCGGUGGAGGAAAUUUCGAAGCAACUCGUCCAUGAUCAGCCAUAUCCGGAUCACACUCUGGUGCGUAUGGCUCACCUCAGCGGUCUUCCUGAUAUAACAGGCAUGACGGCGGCAGCUCGGGGUCUUCGUUCCCUUCUCGUCCAGAACCAGAUAUUCCGAGUGCUGCAGCAGAGGAUCUUUCAGCCAUUCCUGUUCACAGCAUUGCACGAGGAGUGUGACAUGUGCAGCUUGGAGACGUGCCUGUCUAGGGUAUCAAAGAUGAUCAGUGUGAAGAGUGUCCACCGAGAAGCAAUAUGGAGAGCAAUUGCUAUGCAAUCACUCUAUACCAGCCCCUACGGGCGCAAGGCCGCGAGCACAAUCGCCACGUCUGUCAGCAAGGAGAUUCUCGACAAGCUACAAUCCACGACACUGGCCAAGCGUCUUCCAGCGUUAACGACAGCUGUCCGGUCAAUUGCUAAGGCAGCGGUUGAGCUCUGGCGGCAAGUUCGGAUAGAAUGGGCGGCUAUCCUUUCCACCAUGCCUCCUAUACUCAAGAUGGAGGGAACAUCGAACCCAAAUGAUGCCAUGCUGUGGAUCCGACCGCAUAUCUUCCGGGAAGGAGUUAGGAGUGUCGACGACGACGUCCAGGACGCUGGUGUACAGAAGAGUUCGCUGGCAGCACGCUGCACCUACCUUCAGGGGAUUGCACUGUGUCAAGACUCGCCAAUAGUCCUUGCAAGGCGUCUGGAAGUGAUGGCAGGCGACGGAGGACGGUGGUGA